UUUGAUCUUAAAAAGGGUGCUCCUUCUUGGUUAUGUUUAUAGGAGGGAAAACAGUGCCAGAAAAGCCUUUUAGGGAUUAAUUAACGAUGCACCCAAGGAUGUUGGGAAUGGAAGAAGGUAAAGACCAUGCCUCUGUAAUAAGAACAAACAUCUCCAGGACAUUGCCUUUGAGACUCCUCUUAUUUUGUUUGUUGUUCGCGGUAAUGGCGGUCGGAUUAUCGAUCAUCUGUAUGUAUUCCGUUCGAUUCUUCAUUUCCCAGCAGACAGGCACAGUGACACCAUCCUCUUUACACCCGUGGUUCUACGAGGCCGAUACCAUAGAAAGAUGGAUUAGGCCUCCACCAAACUUGUGGCAUUCAAUCAGUGACAAUGAACUACUUUGGAGAGCUUCAUUUGUCCCUAAGAUCAAGGAAUAUCCUUUUCUCAGAGUCCCCAAGAUCGCCUUCAUGUUCUUGACUAAGGGGCCAUUGCCACUGGCUCCUCUUUGGGACAAGUUCUUCAAGGGAAAUCAAAGGCAUUACUCGAUAUAUGUCCAUGCAUUGCCGUCUUACGUUGCCGGCUAUCCGCAAUCUUCUGCUUUCCAUAGCAGACAAAUCCCAAGCCAGAUGGUGGAGUGGGGAACGAUGAGUAUGUGCGAGGCCGAGAGGAGACUCCUUGCGAAUGCAUUGCUCGAUAUCUCCAACGAAUGGUUUGUUCUCCUGUCCGAGUCCUGCAUCCCUCUGUAUAAUUUCAGCGUGAUCUACCACUACAUAUCGAGAUCGAAAUACAGCUUCAUGGAAUCGUACGACGAUCCGGGACCUUACGGGAGAGGCCGCUACGAAUCACGCAUGGAACCGGAGGUCGAACUGAGCCAAUGGCGCAAGGGGGCUCAAUGGUUCGAAGUUAACAGGAGGCUUGCGAUCAACAUAAUCGAGGACAUCAAGUAUUAUCCAAAGUUCAAGGAGUUUUGCCAGCCGGCUUGUUAUGUGGACGAGCAUUAUUUCACCACGAUGUUAACCAUCCAAGUACCUUGGCUCUUGGCCAACCGGACACUUACUUGGACGGACUGGUCGAGGGGUGGCGCUCAUCCGGCCACAUUCGGGAAGGAGGAUAUGUCUGAAGCAUUCUUUCAGAGAAUCUUUGAAGGUCAAGAGUGUGUUUAUAAUGGCCACCCAACAGCUGUUUGUUUUCUUUUUGCUAGGAAGUUUGCUCCGAGUGCUUUGGAUCCUUUAUUAGAAUUGUCUUCCAAAGUAUUGGGAUUUUGA